AUGAAGACCAUCGGAGCCGCCAUCGUCGCCUUCGGUUGGCCCAUCCGAGCCGCCUCUAUUCCAACGAACCCUGGCUCCCAGGCUCACAGCAGCUUGACUCCUCGGGCCGACUGCAGCAACAUCACCUGCACACCGUCCACCGAUGCCGCGCACAUCGUAGUCAGCCGUGCCUCCACCGAGGCCCCAGGCACAGGUGUACUGGGUAGCGUGGCUGAUGCCAUCGUGGCCGCCCGCCCCGGCUCAGAUAUCGCUACCAACCCCUACCCAGCUCUUCUGGAUCCCUACUUGGAGUCUGAGACGGCAGGCGUCGGCAAUCUGACUGAGAUCGUUCUGGCAUAUCAAGCUUGCUGUCCGGAUAGCAAGAUGGUGCUUCUCGGCUACUCUCAGGGCGCGCAAGUCACUGCCGAUUUUCUCUGCGGCCGCAGUUCGGCAGGAUUUCCACCAACGCCUCCUUACUCCGCGGUCGUGACCGAGAACAUUGCCGCGAUCGUCCUAAUGGGUGACCCUUCAUUCGUCAAGAACCUCUCCUGGGACCGGGGCAAUGCCUCGAACGUCAGCUACUUCCCUCGCAUAGACAACACAGCCUGCCUCCCCGUCGCCGACAAGCUGAUCUCGUAUUGCGACAGUAACGACUACUUCUGCGACAAUGGGACCACACCCGACGCCCUGACCAUUCACGAGACCUACGUCCAGAGGUACGGCGCAGAGGCUGCCGAGUAUGCUGCGGACAAGAUCGGAUGCAGUACGGAGUGA